AGAGUGCUAGGAAAAAUGGAUAACAAAAACUGCAUACAGGAGCAUUAUGGGCAUCGGCGACAGCCCGCCUUGGGCAAGGCCAUGCCCGUGACGGCGCUGCUCUUGAAUCUCAAUUUGAAUGAUGGCACAGGCAGGCGCAACAAUCUGCAACAGGAACUGCAGCAGCAGCAGCAGCGUGCUGAGGAUGAUGAUGAACCACCGCGUUACUUUCGUGUCUCGGAUGAGCCACCAACUCCCAAUGAUGAGGAGCCACCGCCACCACCAGCGCACUAUGGCCAGGAGCCCCAACUGGCUGGCAGCUCCGCUGAUUCCAAGCCCUGUCUGAAUUGCUUGGGCCUGGGAUUGAGCUCCUCAUCGGCCAUCAAUGAGAUGUGCCUGCGUUUGUGCGGUGAUGCGUGCCGUCAGCCGCAAGGUCUCUCCCUGGGUGGCCACCAGAACUGUGCGGAGAGUCAACGUCUGCGCCAGGAUUUCCUCAAGCAAUACGAAAUUGCGGAAGCACUGGCCAAGACCUCGGCAAUGACCUCCACAGUGCAAAUGAGACAGCGUCUGGCCGCACGUAAACUGGAAAUUGAUUUUGAAAUGGAUGUCGAACUGGAUGCCACCAAGCAGCAGCAGCAAGAGCAGAUGCAGGGUGUGGCCACUGCCAGCCCCAGCUCCGGCCCCAACUCCAAUUCCAUGAGAAGACAGGCUGCAGCUGCUGCUGCUGCCGUUGGAGGAGACACGGUGCCGCCGUCAUCGUCGUUUACCGUCGAUUAUGAGCCGCCUCGCGAUUUGCUCUUGUAUCUUGUAAGAAUGGGCUCAUUCAAUUCGGCGCCAAAGAUCAACAAUGUGGACUCGCAGGACGAUGGUCUGGAAGUGCCCAAGGGUCUGAGCACCACGGCCGUGCUGCAUCAUGUCAUGAAGGCAGGAUCCACGGGCAACCAGCAGCCUUCAUUGCUAUCCCGAUGCUUCCUCAAGCCUCGCGUCAUGGACGAGGAUGUCACCGAUGGACUGCGUUGUCUCAAUCUAAGCGCUGUUUCAAGAGUUUGCAGUGCACCCAUUGAGGGCGACAGUUCGCAGAAUAUUCGCUUGCUGCAGUGGAAUAUUUUGUCACAGACUCUUGGCCAGCAUAAUGAUGGCUUUGUGCGCUGCCCCGAGGAGGCCUUGGACUGGCAGCAUCGCAAGUACCUGAUUGUCCAGGAGAUACUGCAGAACCAGCCCGAUGUCAUUUGUCUGCAAGAAGUGGAUCACUUCAAGUUCCUGCAGACGGUGCUGGGCAGCCAGAACUAUGCGGGCAUCUUCUUCCCCAAGCCGGACUCGCCCUGUCUGUACAUAGAGCAGAAUAACGGACCCGAUGGCUGUGCCGUCUUCUACAAGCGCGACAAGCUGCAGUUGAUGGGCUACGACACGCGUGUCCUGGAGGUGUGGCGUGUGCAGAGCAACCAGGUGGCCAUUGCGGCACGACUCCAGUUGAAGUCCUCCGGCCGGGAGUUUUGUGUCUGCACCACCCAUUUGAAGGCACGCCACGGGGCACUGCUGGCCAAGCUGCGCAAUGAGCAGGGACGCGAUCUGAUGCGAUUCGUUAAACAAUUCGCUGGGGAGACGCCGCUGCUGCUGUGCGGGGACUUCAAUGCGGAGCCCAUCGAGCCCAUUUAUGCCACGAUACUUGGCUGCGAUCUGUUCAAGCUGGGCAGCGCCUAUGCGGAUGUUAAGCUGGAGCGGGAGCAGAUCCUGCAGCCCAGCGAGGAUGUCAAUGAGUUUGUCUCGCAGUCGAUCAAGCGUGAGCCGCCCUACACCACCUGGAAGAUACGCGAGGAGGGCGAGGAGUGUCACACCAUUGACUAUGUCUUCUAUACGCCCGAACAGCUCAAGAUCAAAAACUGUCUGGAAUUUCCGACAGGCGAAGAGAUUGGCAAAAAUCGCACGCCCAGCUAUCAGUAUCCAUCGGAUCAUUUCUCUUUGGUCUGUGACUUUGAGCUGCUCGAUGGCCCACCAGCGACCACUGGCUCCUCUGGUGAUCAGGCGGACAAGACGAGCGACAGCGAGGGGGAAAGCAGCAAACAUGGCAACAUCCAAUAAUAAUAAUAGCCUCAGCAUCCGCAAUUCACCAGAUGAGAAGUUUCAAUUACAUUACAUCGAUUGUGAUAUUAGUUGUUAGAUACAUUUUAGCCUCAUGACUCGUACACGAGCGUUGCACCGACAGUUUGCAGCUUUUUACAAAAGAUAAUCCAAAAUUCACAAUAAAUAAAUACAUUUAAGUUGGAAGAAAGUCAA